CGGGAAUUAACGUACAACGAAUUAAUACUGGUGAACGGUGAUGAUGAUUACCAAUGAUUACAAGGUUACAACUUUUCCGAAUUCUUGUUGACACAAAUUUUGACAAACGGAUAAGCGUAACGGAUUUAUCUACGUUUCCCUAAAUGGCAGGAGAAGUUAUCGUUGAUGCGUUACCGUAUAUAGAUCAAGGUUAUGAUGAACCAGGAGUUAGAGAAGCGGCAUUGGCAAUGGUCGAAGAGGAAACACGCAGAUACAGACCGACUAAGAAUUAUUUAGAACAUUUACCAUCACUGAGCAUAAAUGCUUUCGAAACUGAUGUAAUGAAGCAUGAAUUUGAACGAAUGCAAAAUCGUUUACCUAUGGAAGUACUCAGCAUGAAACGUUACGAGUUACCUCCGCCACCUCCAGGCAAAAUGAACGAUCUCGCGGCAUGGAACGAAAGCGUAGAGAACAGUAGCGCGCAACUCGAGCAUCAAGCUACUCGAAUUUGUAAUCUGGAAUUAAUGAUGGAAUACGGAUGCGAAGCUUGGAAGUCUUACUUGGAAAUAUUAGUACAGUUAGUGAGUCAAGCGCAAAAACAGUUGCAGGCAUUAAGGAAAAAGAUUCAAGAGGUGAAUUGGCAAAGAAAGUCUAUGCAGACUCAAGGAGGAGAAAAAUUAAGAGCAUUGGAGGCACAGUGGGUUGGAUUGGUAUCAAAGAAUUAUGAAAUUGAGCAAGCAUGCGUUCAUUUAGAGGAAGAAAUACAAAAAUCGAUGAUGAAUAAGGGCGAAGCUGUGGAGAUCAAUGAUGUACCAGGAGAGGAAGAACCGGAUGUACCAGGGAAAAAUGCUACAGAGGUUAUGGCGACAGAAAUGAAUCAACAAGAACAAGAAAAUCGAGAAGUGUAAAAACCAUAUGACAACAUUACUGUAUAAAUUAAUAAAUGACUGUGUUUUAUA